AUGGAUCCAAUCGAUAUGAACCAAAGUAUGGAAGAAGUUGUUGAUGAUGAUUUAGUCAUUCAUAUUUUUGAUGAAUACGCCGACAACAAUUAUGAAGAUGAUGAUUUAGUCAUUCAUAUUUUUGAUGAAUACGCCGACAACAAUUAUGAAGAUGAUGAGGAUGAGGAUGAUAAUGAUGAUGGGUAUGACAGCCAGGGGGAAACAAUCAUCUUAAGCGACGAUGAUGAUUAUAUCGGCGAUGAUGAUGAUGACGUUUUAAUAAUUGACCUCGAUCCUCAGGAAAUGUUGGAGCUUUUCGAAGAUGAGCCUCAAAACUAG